AUGGCUUUCUUCAAGCAACCCCUGUCUACCGAUUGGACAUUCAAGGACCGAGAUGACGAGACACUGGAUGCAUGGAUGCCCGUGGCGACAGUGCCUUCCACGGUGCAGCAGGAUCUCAUUGCAAAUAAAAAACUCGAGGAUCCUUACCUAGGCUUUAAUGAACUCAAGGCGCGCUGGGUCAACGAGAAGUCAUGGGUAUAUCGACACGUUUUUCAACGACCGGAAAUCCCUGCUGGUGCAACCGUGGCGCUGGUGUUCGACGGCUUGGAUACCAUUGCCUCAGUCAAACUCAACGGCGAGGUCAUCCUCGAGUCCAGCAAUAUGUUCCUGGGCUACCGUGUGGAUAUAACAGAGGCCCUGGGGUCAUCCGACAGCACAAAUGUUCUAGAUAUCGAAUUCGAUUGCGCCCAGCUCAAAGCAACCGAGCUACGAAAGAAGGACCCGAAUCAUAAAUGGGAAGGCAUGUUCGGAGACAUGGCUCGCUUAGGCGUGCGCAAGGCUCAAUACCAUUGGGGUUGGGAUUGGGGACCAGUCAUCAUGACAGCUGGUAUCUGGCGUGAGGUGCGAUUGGAAAUCUACUCUGCACGCGUGGAAGACCUAUGGCCACAAACAAGCCUCGCUGCUGACCAUAAAACGGCGAGCGUUACGGCAGUUGCUGAACUUUAUGCGGUUAAUCCGGAAGACUGUGUCGCUCGCUUCCAUUUGACUCUAGGUGGACACGAAAUCGCCUGCCAGGAUAUUCCCAUAAACGCCGAGAAAAGUCCCCAAGCCACUUUUGAGGUCGACAAUCCCGAACUGUGGUGGCCACAUGGCUACGGCUCUCAGACCUUGUAUGAAGUGUCAGUAUCACUCUUAUGCGAUGGAAACGAGCUACACCAUGUGUCCAGGAAAUUCGGCAUUCGGUCCGCCGACGUCAUUCAGCAGCUGGAUAAACAUGGAAAGUCAUUCUUUUUCCGAAUCAACGGAGUAGACAUUUUCUGUGGGGGUUCUUGCUGGAUCCCUGCCGAUAGCCUACUACCUAGUGUCAGCGCAGAGCGAUACCGUAAAUGGAUCGAGCUAAUGGUGGCGGGUGGCCAAGUGAUGACCAGAGUAUGGGGUGGCGGGAUCUACGAAGACGAUGCUUUCUAUGACGCUUGUGAUGAGCUUGGCGUCCUAGUAUGGCAAGACUUUAUGUUCGCUUGCGGCAACUACCCAGUAUGGCCAGAGCUACUAGAGUCUGUACGACAGGAGACAGUCUUUAACAUUCGCCGAUUGAGACAUCGUCCUUCAAUAGUGAUCUAUGUUGGGAACAAUGAAGAUUAUCAACUCCAGGAGCAGGCCGGACUCACUUACAACUACGAAGAUAAGGACCCGGAAAGCUGGUUAAAGUCCGACUUCCCCGCACGCUACAUUUACGAAAAGCAACUACCAGAAGUAGUAUCCGAGUACUCGCCGAGUACUUUCUACCAUCCGGGAAGCCCAUGGGGCGAUGGAAAGGUCACAACCGACCCUACUGUGGGAGAUAUACACCAAUGGAAUGUAUGGCAUGGAACGCAGGAGAAAUAUCAGAUCUUUGACGUCUUGGGAGGGCGCUUUAAUAGCGAGUUUGGGAUGGUAGCCUUCCCGCAUAUGUCGACGAUCGAGUACUUCCUUGAAAACGAGAAAGACAAGCACCCACAGUCACAAGUUAUGGACUUCCACAACAAGGCGGAUGGACACGAGAGGCGAUUGGCGACCUAUCUAGUGGAAAACUUACGCAUGUCCACUGAUCUAGAGACAUACAUCUACCUCACACAGGUCGUCCAAGCAGAGACGAUGAUGUUCGGAUAUCGUGGAUGGCGCCGCCAAUGGGGUGAUGAUCGAAAAUGUGGUGGAGCGCUGCUAUGGCAGUUAAAUGACUGCUGGCCCACGAUCUCGUGGGCAAUUGUGGACUACUUCCUGCGGCCAAAACCUGCGUAUUACACAGUUAAGCGAGUGAUGCAACCACUCGUGAUCGGUGUACGACGUGCCCACCACGACUGGAGUGUGGUGCACGCAGAACCCGCCAAAGAGAGUGAGUACGAGGUGUGGGUUGCUAGCAACCGACAGGACGUGCUGCAUGGAACCGUCGAGCUACGAUUUUUAUCGGUGGUGACCGGUAAGGAUCUGCGCGCCCCGGCUGUAUUUGAGAACGUCACUAUUUCAGCCAAUGGUACUUCCGAGAUCACAAGUGGGAUCAUUGAUCAUGUCACCCAGCCCGAACCACAUGUUCUGGCCGCACGGCUAUGGAUAGACGGUCAGAUUGUGGCCAGGGACGUCGACUGGCCACAGCCGUUGAAGUAUCUCGAUUUUUCUGAUCGUGGACUAGAAGUGAGGACGCAGCCAGGAGCUUCAGCUGGACAACAGCUCCUGGUGAUCAGUUCACAGAAGCCGGUGAAAUGUUUUGUCUUUGAAGAGCGGGAGAAUGUGCGGAUCAGCGACAGCGCUAUGGAUAUUGUUCCGGGAGAUGAGCAGAUAGUAGAGAUUACAGGGCUAAGUGACAGUGACCCACCGUUAGGGUAUCGUUACCUGGGUCAAUAG